UCCGCGUCGGUUGAGGCCAUACUGGAGGAAGUGACAGGUCAGGCUUAUGAUCUUGCGGACUUUCAGGUUGAUUACGUGGGUCAGCCCGUAGUGGAAUUGUGGAUGUACACCACGGCCACCCAAACGUCAACGAUAAGCUCUACGUCAGACUCGAGCACUUGGUCAGACUCGAGCACUACGUCGUCAAGCACCACCACCAGGAAGAUUUGUUUCGAGAACUCGGUGCCGUACAUGCUGGACGUGGCCGACAGUUCGUCCUGCAUUGGCAUAUUCUCGGGCGAGAGUUGUUCGCCAGCCUGCGUCUCAGGAUACACACUCGUCGCCCCGAUCAAUUGCACGGACACCAGUGAUCCCGAUGACACCUUCGGUGAGUUCACUUACAACCCGCUGGUUUGCGUGGCCGCUCCGUACGUUCAGUCGCUCGACUCGGCAGAGGUAUUGCUCGUGGAGGCGGCCCUCGUCGGAAACGAAACUGAUUUAAAUUUCAGUGCCAAGGGAGAACAGGCUGCGAUCAUCAGCGCGUUCAGCACGGUCCUCAGCUUGAGCACCGGCCAGGUCUACCUGGUCACGGCCGCAGUCCUCAACUCUGACUCGGAGUCCAGCAUCCCGUCGAGGCGCCUGUCUGCCGAGCAGGGGCUGUGGAUGAAGGUCAUGCUCCAGAUGUACCCAGCGAAUAGCGCGACAGCCCUUGUGGCCAGCCUUGCCAGUCUCAACGCAGACGGGGGCCCCUUCACAGAGGCGCUCAUCGCGGCCCUAGGAGAUGCUGACAUCACCGUCCCGACAGGCCUCGCCAACGCCACGCUCCACGUUGGGACGCCAGAGCUCUCCACCGCCAUCGUCCCCGUGGCUCGCUGGGAGGCCCAGACAGCAUGGUCGGAGUGCAGCACGGACUGCGGCGUGGGACAGCGGACCCGACUGGUGGAGUGCUUGACCGGCAUCGUGGACCUGUGCAACGCGAAUGCCCCGCCCGACUACACCAUGGAGACGUACGAGCCCAACACUGAGAAAUGCCAGAAGUACACCAAUUGCCCCUACGACUGGACCUGCCCCAGCGGCCCUGAUGUGUCCACGGGCGAGGGCUGCGAAACACAGGCCUCUUUCGUGGUAGGUGCGAUGGUUGUUGCGUUCUUCAUCGUGACUUGCAUCGUGCUCCGGUGCCUUCGGAAUCUACACGCGAAGCAAGCUCGCACGAGCGAGCCCAACAAGAAAGGCUCCCGGGAAAAAUCCGACGAAGGCACCAGGCAGCACCCCACCGACGACAGGAGGAUUGACAUCGAGUGGACGAGGGAGGACGGAGUCUUGGUCAACAGCGGGCGCCGCCGUCCGCCUGCCCCUGGGGCCCCCUCCCCUGAGCCCAGCCCCCGCCGCUCCGCUCGCAGCCGUGGCUCCCAUGACAUCGAGUGGACGAAGGAGGACGAGAGCACCGACGACCGCGCUCGCCGGACGCCCCGCUCACUCAGCAAUGGCCGCGCUCCCCAGUCGGCCCGCCAUGGCAGCCGCAGCUCCCCCCGCAGCUCCCCGAGGCUGAACUUCGCCGUGUAGGGCGGCCGCCCCUCCGCGCCACUCGGCACGGCGCAGGGCCGACGCGCACACCGCGCCGGGCGAGCGCUGCCGCAGUCGACGGGCUCAGCUGGGGGCCGCCAGCGCCGCCGCGCCGCAGCCGUGGCGGCGGAGGCACAUGGGAGUAGCAAUGCCGACCACAGUUGCCGCGCUCUGCUGGCAGUCCCCGCACAGGCUGCCCGCAGCGGCCGCGCUGCCCGCUGCACUGCAGGGUGUGUCCGCGCUGCCGAUCUGAGUAGCGUGCCAGCUCGAUGGAGCUCCAGUGCGCCGGUUCCCAGACACCCUCGGGCCAUGAAAGCAUCACGACGGUUUGUUUGUCCUGGCACAUGCGAUGGGGAACAAAAGAAGAGGGACGGGGCAGAGAGGGCGGCGGCCGCGGGGUCCUUGUAAUUGUCGGGCGACUCUCGGUCCCUGUACCGAUGGCACGCGCUCCGCAGUCUUUCCCCCCCCCCGCACGCCGCACGCCGCGGCGGUCGCGCCCGCGCAUCUGGGCAGCCUCCGUGUAGAGUCUUUAAGUGCAUAGAGUAGUUAAAGGCGCAUUGUGCGUCGAGCCUUUCAGUGCACCAGGUGUCCCACAAAUUUUAUGGCUCCGUGGGGUCAUCGAGGGACCAAGAAUUCCCGUCGGGCAAAUGCUGGCAAACGGAUUAUUCC